AAUAUUUCAUAGCAAGAUCAAACAAUCAUAAGUCAAAUUUGUCAGUCCCAACAAAAUUUACGUCCUUCACGCAUCAGUCCAACAAAAUAACAUCAUGACACGUGGUAAUCAAAGAGAGGUCGCCCGAUCGAAAAAUAUGAAGAAAAAGCAAGAUGGAAAGAAGAAGAAAGCAGCUGAAGACGAAAUGUCCGUGGAGAAGAGGAAGGAAAGAGACGCCGAAAAGAUGAGGGAGAAACAGAGCAAGAGUGAGGUGAGCAAUCAACCUGAAGAAUUGGAGAAGAAGUGACUAGGAAGAAGCUUAAUUACCAUAAGAUGAUACUACUCGAAGAUGUAUGAAUAUAUCGAAUAAAGAUUUUCUUGGACUGACA